CACAUCUAAAGGAAGAACACAAUUUGUAGUAUCUCUCAAUGGACUUCUGUAGCAAGAUUCUAUGGGAGACAUCAACUUCAUACUGUUUAAAGUAGUUGAAUCAUCAGUCUUAAGUGAUGAAAAAGAAUCCAUCUGCAAAGGUAUCAAUCUGAGGAGAUGAUAUUGAAUAAUUUGGUUUUCAAUGCAGAUAAAGUUGUAGGCUCUCAAUAUCCUACAUUUAUUAUUGCUGAAGUGGGUCAGAACCAUCAGGGAGAUUUGCAGAUAGCAAAAAAUCUUAUAAAGAAAGCAAAGGAAUGUGGUGCAGACUGUGUCAAAUUUCAAAAGAGUUGUCUUCCAGAAAAGUUCACAAAAUCAACUCUAAACUUAACUUACAACUCAGAACAUUCUUGGGGAAAAACAUAUGGUGAACAUAAAAAACAUUUAGAAUUUUCUGAAAAACAAUAUAUUGAAUUACAAAAAUUUUCUACAGAAUUAGGGAUAAUGUUUUCGGCUUCUGCUAUGGAUGAGGUUUCUUUAUUUUUUCUGAAGGAAUUAAAUACACCUUUUAUUAAAAUUGGAUCUGGGGAUGCAACUAAUAUUUUAUUACUAGAGAAAGCUGCAAAAACUAGAAAACCACUAAUUGUAUCAACAGGAAUGUGCUCAAUGGAAGACGUGGAACUUAUUUACAAAACAAUAUCUGAAGAACAUAAUAAUUUUGCUCUUCUGCAUUGUGUUUCAUCUUACCCAACCAAGCCUUGUGAUUCAAAUUUGGCGAAUAUUACAAAAUUCAAGUCCAAAUUUCCUGUUUGUAUUGGCUACUCUGGGCAUGAAGUGGGUUACAACCUAACUUUAGCUGCUGUUGCACUUGGAGCUAAGAUUGUUGAGCGGCAUAUUACUCUUGAUAAGACAUGGAAAGGUAAUGAUCAUUCUUGUUCAUUAAAUAUUGAUGAAUUUAAAAGUAUGGUAUUAGCCAUAAGGGAAAUCGAAGACGGUAUGGGAAUGGAAAAGAAGCUUCUACCCUGUGAAGAAGUUUGCUGGCAGAAAUUAGGCAAAAGCAUAGUAGCGUUCAGAAAAAUAGAAAAGAAUUCUAUUAUAGUGAUAGAAGAUCUGGCAAUUAAAGUGAGUACGCCAAAAGGUUUAGAUCCAAAACUGAUCAAGUCUAUUGUAGGGAGAAAAACUUCAACAACUAUUGAAGCUGACAAUCCAAUCACCGAAGAUGAAUUAGUAUGGUAAUAAAAUACGAUUUUAUAAUAAAUGUGUAUAAAAAUACACUAAUGCUGUCUGAUAAUUAUUUUUAUUUAUUAUUAUUUUAAAUUUUAUAUUAAAAUUACAUUUGUUACCUUUUUUUAAUUAUACUUUCAUA